UAUGAAAAAAUAAAGAAGAAAUGAAAACGUCACAUCCAGUCGACCGUGAAACAAUUGAUGGUAUUAUAGAAUAAUUAAUCGAUAUAUGUUAAAAUAGCGAUUUAACCGCAAUGGUUAGAAUAUCAUUACCUGUGUGAAAUAAUUAAUAUACGUAAAAUAUGUCCCGACCAAUGGGGAGAGCUUCGCAUAUGACAGCAAAAGCGAUAUCUUCAAUGCACAUGAAAAAGAAGUUGAUAGAGGAUGAGCUCAAUGAGCUGCAUCAUGAAUUUGACACGAAUGAUCAUACAAUUCCACUCGUUGAUCUUUGCUUUAAACUCAAUACUAGUCUUGAUGCAGGCUUGACAAAUGAGGAUGCUAGAAUGAUUUUAUUGAGGGAUGGACCGAAUGGCUUAACACCAUCAAAAGUAACACCGGAGUGGAUUAAGUUUUUAAGAUGCAUGUGUGGUGGCUUUGCUGGUCUGCUUUGGUUAUGCGCAGUGCUGUGUUUUAUCCUAUUUUUCAUAAAUUAUUUCCUCGAUCAACAUGAUGAUGAGUCUGUAGAAUGGCUCGGUGUGAUCAUUGUGAUAAUCUGCUUAAUCUCUGGAUUCUUUGCUUAUAUACAAGAAAGUAAGAACUCCAAAGUUAUGGAUUCCUUUAACAAGAUGGUACCAACUUAUGCUGUGGUUAUAAGAGAAGGUAUCAGGAUGCAAGUGGCUACUGAAAAGGUAGUACUGGGUGAUCUGGUAGAAAUUCGACUUGGUGACAAAGUGCCAGCUGACAUAAGGAUAACAAAGUGCGAUGGACUUAGAGUAGAAAAUUCCAGUCUGACUGGGGAAAGUGUUGCGGUAUCAAGAACUGAUUAUCCCACUGACAAUAAUCCUUUAGAGACGCAAAACAUUGCUUUCUUCUCAUGCUUUGCUGUCGCUGGAGAAGGUCGUGGUAUUGUUAUAGCAACUGGCGACAGCACAAUGAUUGGUCGAUUGGCAGGACUGACUUCACAUAUACAAAAAACUGAGACUCCCAUAGCCAAAGAGAUCCAACACUUUGUUCAUAUAAUAACUUUUGUUGCACUGAUCUGUGGAAUUUUAUUCUUCGCACUGUCACUUUCAUUGGAAUUUAAUCUCGUGAAAGCAUUUACUUAUCUGCUUGGAAUAAUAAUAGCCAAUGUGCCAGAAGUGUUGCUUGUGACAGUGACAACAAGCUUGACUUUGACAGCGCAGAAGAUGGCUGGUAAAAAUUGUCUUGUGAAAAAUCUUGAAGCUGUAGAAACACUCGGAUCCACAUCUACUAUUUGCUCAGACAAGACUGGGACUCUGACACAGAAUAAAAUGACGAUGUCAAACGUCUGGUGUGGCCACACUAGACAUCAUUUUCCUGUAGGACAGAAAUUGGGAGCCGAAAGAGACAUCCUAGUAGAAAAACCAGAUUUCAAUGUUCUCAUCAAGGACGCCACACUUUGUCUACGAGCAGAAUUCAAAUCUGAACCAGAUCAACGCGUACCGAUUGAACAAAGGGAAGUUCUUGGGGAUGCGUCUGAAACAGGAAUUUUAAAAUUUUGUGAACAAAUACAUUACACGUCAAAGUUUCGUUCGACUCAUCCAAAGGUCGCAGAAUUGCCUUUUAAUUCUGCCAGUAAAUAUCAAAUGUCCAUACAUAAGGACAUCGAUUGUUUUAUAAUGAUACUGAAGGGUGCUCCAGAAAUAAUAUUGGAAUCUUGCUCGACUAUUUUGGGUUCUGAAGGUGAAACCACAUUGAUGACCAGUACUGAUUUAUCAGCAGUGAGAAAAGCCUGUACAGAACUGGGUUACCUUGGCGAACGUGUGUUGGCUUAUUGCGACAUGAUAUUGCCAUUCUCAAAAUAUGAACCAGAUUAUAAAUUUAAUACCGAAAUGCCCAGUAAAUACAAUUUUCCAACGGGUGACUAUCGUUUCGUAGGAUUGGUAAGUCUAUUAGAUCCGCCAAGGCCAACGGUACCGGAAGCUGUGCAGAAAUGUCGGACUGCUGGUAUCAAAUUAAUAAUGGUGACCGGUGAUCAUCCUGUGACCGCCAUGGCCAUUGCCAAAAAAGUUGGUAUCAUUGGCGAAGGUCAUGAGACUAAAUAUGAACGGGCAAUAUUGCAGAGUAAAUCGUAUUCCCAAGUGCCGGAAGAGGACUCCGUAGCCAUUGUUGUGACAGGAAAUGAACUAAGAAACAUGGAGAGUUAUGAACUAGACGAUAUUAUAAGAACCUAUGAGGAAAUAGUUUUUGCGCGCACAUCACCACAACAAAAGUUACUCAUUGUUGAAAGUUGUCAAAGACUUGGAGAAGUUGUGGCAGUGACCGGGGACGGCGUCAAUGAUUCGCCAGCAUUAAGAAAAGCAGACAUUGGCGUUGCUAUGGGUAUAACUGGUUCGGACGUUGCAAAAAAUGCAGCAGAUAUGAUUUUAAUGGACGACAAUUUCGCGUCGAUUGUCACUGGAAUUGAGGAGGGACGAUUGAUAUUUGAUAAUUUAAAGAAAUCUAUUACGUACACUCUUACGUCCAGUGUCCCAGAGAUGUUACCAUUAUUGAGCAGUAUAGUACUUUCUAUACCAUUACCAUUUGUUAUACAAAUGGUACUUUGUGUGGAUAUUGGUACAGAUUUAUUACCAGCUAUUGCGCUUGCUUAUGAGAAACCAGAAUCUGAUAUUAUGCAACGUGCACCAAGAAAUCCACAGCACGAUAGACUUGUGAAUAAAAGAUUGAUAUCGAUGACUUAUGGACAGAUAGGAAUGAUUCAGUCACUUGCUGGAUUCUAUUCGUACUUUGUUAUUCUGGCUUAUAAUGGAUUCCUGCCAGCGGACUUGUUUGGACUUAGAACUGUCUGGGAAUCCAAGGCUGUUAAUGAUCUUACUGAUUCGUACGGACAGAAUUGGACCUACAAAGAUAGGAUGGAUCUGUUGAACGAGGCUCGUACCGGUUACUUUAUCUCUAUAGUAAUAACGCAAAUGGUAGAUCUUAUCAUUUGCAAGACAAGAAAGAAUUCUAUAUUUAAACAGGGAAUGGGAAAUUGGUUUCUCAAUUUUUCAUUUGUUUUUGAAGUGGUCUUGACAGGUAUACUACUUUAUGUGCCGGGAACCGAAAAGGUACUGAAGACUAUGCCACUUGAUGCUCUUUGGUACUGCCCAUGUUUGCCUUUCGGAGCUUUUCUAUGGAUCUAUGAUGAACUUAGAAGAUGGUUUCUUCGAAAGUAUCCAGGAGGGAUCAUAGAGCAGGAAACUUAUUAUUAAUAUUCCAGGAGGAAUGUAAGAACUGUCAAUGUCAUUAUAACGUUAAGUAAUAUUAAGAAUGGGAUUUAGUUAAUGGAUGCAGUGUGAUGUCCAAAUAUACAUAAAAUAAAGAAUAUUGAUUACAUU